CCAUUGGAAAGCUAUUAACAAGCAAGACUGUGAGAACCGCAGUGCUGCAGAAGCACCAGCAACAGCAGCAGCAUCCAAACACCUCUGAUCUGAAUGAAUCAGGCUGCACGCUAUAGUUAAAUUUUCCUACCCACAAUGAUGUAGGAUUAAAAGCUCUGCAUAUAAAAUAUGCUUCACCAGCACGUGCAGCGGCUAUGGUUGAAGACACACAGAGGUCUAGCUGUAACUUCAGCAGGCAGGUGAAAAUGAAUAGAAAAGCUGUUUGGUAUCUUUCUUGGAAUAUAAGCUUCAAUAAAUAAUGCAUUCAGGGGUGAACUGGAUACCUGAUUGUAGGAGCUAAAUAAUGCACAUCUAUACACAAGAGUUCUAACAGCAAAGAAUGCAGACAACUGUUCCAAGGCUAUUGCAGCAGAUUAAAGAAUGUCUCACUAUCAUUUCAUCAAAUGUUGCUGUUUCCAGCUUUGUAAUGUUUUUCGAUCACAUGACAUGGAAAUUGACCAGUGUUUGCUGGAGUCCCUUCCUUUGGGCCAACGCCAGCGACUGGUGAAGCGUAUGCGCUGCGAUCAGAUCAAGGCAUACUACGAUCGCGAGAAAGCUUUGCAGAAGCAGGAUGCAUACAAAAAAAGGAGCAGGCAAAGAAAACACCAUAAAGUCAAUUUUCAGCUUUCCGACAGGAUACAAGAUGCAAUCAUCCACCAUGAUGACAAAGAAGUAUUACAGUUACUUAAAGAUGGAGUUGAUCCUCAUACACUUGUGAAUUCUGGGGGCUGCCUGCUACAUCUGUGUGCACGAUACGACAAUGUUUUUGCUGCGGAAAUAUUAAUUGACAGAGGAGUAAAUGUAAACCACCAAGAUGAAGAACAUUGGACACCAAUGCAUGUAGCUUGUGCUUGUGACAAUCCAGAUAUUGUCCUUCUCCUUCUUCUCUCAGGGGCCAAUGUUCUGCUGCAAGAUGUGAAUGGAAACAUAGCCCUUGACUAUGCCACAGAAGGAACAGAAUCCAGCUGUAUACUUUUAACCUAUCUAGAAGAAAAUGGAAUCGAUCUGCCCUCUUUACAGCAGAUGAGGACGCAGAGAGCAAAGGUCAUGUUAUCUGAUGUUAAACAGCUGAUAGCUUCCAAUGGAAGCGUUAAUGAAAGAAAUGACGAAGGAGUCACUCUUCUACACAUAGCAUGUGCGUGUGGCUACAAAGAUGUGGUCUAUGAACUCUUAGAACACGGUGCUGACCCAGAUUCUAUUGACAAUCUCUACUGGACCCCGCUUCAUUUAGCUGCAAAAUAUGGACAGACAAACCUGGUGAAAAUGCUCUUGCUUCAUCAAGCAAACCCCAACAUUCUAAACUGCAAUGAGGAUAAACCCUCAGAUAUUGCUGCAACAGAAACUAUUCAAGACAUUUUACUAAAAGCUGAAGCUCUGUCAGAGGAAAGAAAGAAAAGUCUUACAUCUUUAUCUACUGUGCUCCAAGUGGAACCAUAUGAAGAGAUCUUGCAAGAUAUUCCACUAGUUGCUAAUAAGCUACGUCCUCUGGCUUUACCGAUAUCAAAGCAGGAUAGUUUACUGGAGAAAGACACAAUGUUCAAAGAUUCAGGAAAAAUGUUACACAAGUACUAUUCCCAAGAAAAUGGAUCUGAAAAAUUAAUUGUUAGUAGCACAACCAAAUUAGAACAGAUCAAAUUAAUGCCUGCAGCUGCAAAUGAUGACUUGGCCACACUGAGCGAGCUCACAGACAGCAGCCUGUUGUAUGAGAUCCAAAAACGUUUUAAUAAUAAUCAAAUAUACACUUAUAUUGGUAACAUUUUGCUGCUUGUCAACCCAUACAAGGAACUUCCAAUCUACUCUUCACUGGUCACUCAAUUAUAUCAAAACCUCUCUGGACGCCUGUGCUCUUCACUUCCCCCACACAUUUUCGCUUGCGCUGAGAGAGCUUACCAUAUGGUUUUUCGAGAGAAACUACCUCAGUGCUUUAUCUUAAGUGGUGAAAGUGGCUCUGGAAAGACUGAAGCCUGCAAGCAUAUAAUUAAACAUUUGGCCUUAAGAUGUGCAUCCAGUAAAAUCUCACUUUAUUCAAAGAUUAAACAUGUAACCAACAUUUUAGAAGCUUUCGGGCAUGCCAAAACAACACUUAAUCAUUCCUCUAGUCGAUUCAUACAGUUUCUUGAGCUGCAGUUUUGUGAAAGAAAAGCAUCUUUAUCAGGAGCCAGAUUUUAUACCUAUAUGCUGGAAAAAUCCCGUCUCCUUAGUCACGCUCCAGGACAGAGCAACUUCCUUGUGUUUUACUACAUGAUGGAUGGUCUAUCUUCAGAAGAAAAGUAUAACUUAUUCCUCAGGACCACUUCUCAACACAGGUACCUGAACCAGACUAUACCAGAGGAGACAUCUAUAACGCCGAGUACACAGAACAGAGAGAAGUUAGCUAACCUGAAACAAGCCCUAAGUGCACUGGGAUUUAACAACCAAGCAAUUGAGAAUCUCUUCAUGAUCCUCUCAGCCAUUCUGCACAUUGGGGACGUACGAUUUACUGCCCUGACCGAUGCUGAGACUGCCUUUGUGUCUGACCUGCAGCUUCUAGAGCAAGUUGCUGGAAUGUUGCAAGUAUCAGCAGAUGAGCUAUCCAUGGCAUUAAUGUCAGAUGUUCAGUACUUUAAAGGGGAUAUGAUUACUCGCAGGCAUUCUGUGGAGACAGCGGAAUUUUACCGAGAUCUUCUAGCAAAGUCACUGUACAGCCGUUUAUUUAGUUUUCUAGUAAACAAUGCCAAUUUCUACCUCCAGAAUCAAACUGAUCAAAGCAGCUGCUCGCCUCUUACAAUAGGCAUAUUAGAUAUUUUUGGAUUUGAAGAUUUUCAGAAAAAUUCUUUUGAACAGCUAUGUAUUAAUUUGACCAAUGAAAAGAUCCACCAGUAUAUCAAUGAAGUGUUAUUUCUACAAGAGCAGACAGAAUGUGCACAAGAAGGAGUUUCCAUGGAAACCAUCUAUUGCCCUGGCAACCACACAACAGUGCUGGAUUUCUUUUUCCAGAAACCGCAAGGUUUUAUGUCUGUCCUCAAUGAGGAAAGCCAGUCCAUCCAUCCAAUGGAACAUAAUCUUUCUAAACGGCUUCAAUCACUUCUGGAUACAUCAAAUACGAAUACUGUAUACAUGUCUGCAAAAGAUGGAAAUGGCAAUGUCCAACCAAAGGAACUAGGUCCUGUCUUCACAGUUAUGCAUUAUGCGGGAAGGGUAACUUAUGACAUUUCUGGGGCUAUUGAAAAAAAUAAAGAUGCACUAUCCCAGAAUCUUCUGUUUGUCAUGAAAACAAGUGAAAAUCUAGUGAUCAGCCAGAUGUUUCAGUCUAAACUGACUCAAACAGGAUCCCUUAUUCCUCCAUACCCUCCAUUCAGACUCAGAGGACCCAAAGCAGCCUUACUUUUUAAAAAGACUUCAUCAACUCCAAAUGGUGAAACCAAAAAAAUACUGGAACUCAGUAAGUUAUUAAAAAAGAAAGGAUCUUCUUCAUUUCUUCAGAAGCUAGAACGAGGCAGCCCCACCACUGUGUCUAUGCAACUCAGGAAAUCACUCACUGAGCUCACAGGAAAGAUUCAGAACAGUACACCGCAUCUGAUGCAUUGUAUCAAACCAAACAAUUGUAAGCUUGCAGAAACUUUUGAUAAUUUCUACGUGUCUGCACAGUUACAGUACAUUGGAGUACUUGAAAUGGUGAAAAUAAUACGAGAUGGAUAUCCUGUGCGCCUUACUUUUCCUGACUUCUUGACGAGGUACAAGCAUUUGACUGAAAUUGUAACAUGGAAAAAACAAAAAGUGUCCCCUGAAGAGAAAUGUCGUCGUGUUCUAGAGCAGUGCAAGCAGCAAGGAUGGCAGAUAGGAGCUCGAAAAGUGUUUUUGAGGUACUGGCAAGCUGAUCAACUCAAUGACACAUGUCUUCAUCUUCAGAGGAAAAUCAUACUGUGCCAGAAAGUCAUAAGGAGAUUUUUAGCACGCAAGCACUUGCACCAGAAGAUAAAUAUGAAACAGAAUGAGAUUACCUAUGUGAAAGAAUUUCUUGAAAGUAUAGAAACUAUGGGACAAAAGGCAUACCACUCUUUGGCUAUCCAGAAUGCAUCUGAUGUUGCUCGAGAGAAAGACGGAACACAAAGCGAGGGAGAGUCUCCAUUCAAUACCAUAGACUCAUCAUCUAAGAAAGAAAAUGCUGUCAAAAGAACUGAAGAAAUAUGUCCAAAAUCCUCUGAAAAAUGUCUUGUGGCCAGCCGGUCAACCGGUCACUUUUUUUCUAGUUCAGUUCCGGUUCCCUUAAGUACUUGUAGCUCCGUACAUUCUAUAGAAGCUUCAUCCAUUAGAUCCCUGUCUUUGCACUCAGUAUUGAGUAUGGAGGAAAGCUGUAACCUUCAGUCACCUCGGAAACAACCUCCACCAAAACCAAAACGAAAUCCAACCACAAGAUUGAGUGCUUCAUAUGAAGCUGUCAGUGCUUGCCUUGUAGCGGCAUCCACGGAUGUGGAUAAUGAAGCUUUAUCAAGACCAAGACCCCAUAGUGAUGAUUACAGCACAAUGAAAAAAAUCCCACCACCAAAGCCAAAACGUAGUCCUAACACUAAGUUGAGUGGUUCCUACGAAGAGAUACCUGCACAAAAAUCAGGAGACAUAAGGACCGUCAUUAAAAAAGGAUAUCGGGAUAUUGUAACCAUAAAAAGGGCUGCCUCGGCAGAUGGACCUCACCACGGGAUUUUAACUUUGUGCAUGUACCACAAAAGUGAAAAUGAGCCAGUAUACAUAGAAAUGGUUGGCGAUGCAAAGAGGAGCUGUUCUACUGAACUUCAAAGCCCAGAACAAGGAGAAGCUGUUUAUGAAGAAAUGAAAUAUUGUAAUCCUGAUCAAACUACUAGUAAUCCCAUAUUGUCAGGAGCCUCACUGCAUAACAUGAAUUUAGUAAAAGCUGAGGACAAUGAUGUAAGAAAAAAGGUGGAAGUAAAUCACAAAGACACUUAUGACAUACCAGCUCCAUUUCCAAAUCUCCUUACCCAUCGACCACCUCUGUUGGUUUUUCCUCCAACCUCAGUCACCUGCUCGCCUGCCUCUGAUGAAUCCCCCUUAACCCCCCUUGAAGUAAUAAAACUCCCUGUUCUCGAAACAAAUAUAAAUUACUCUAUGCAACCAGAAUCGUCAACUCCAAUAUCACCUUCAUGUUCCAAACAUAAAGGAGAACAUGAUAGACCAUCUUCACCAGCACUAACUGUGUUUAGCGUGUCAAGCAAAAUGUCACCUCCUUGUACGCCACCUGUCCCACCUUCUUCAGCUACAUAUCAGUUUGCCACAAAUUUUAACUUUCCGACAGAGAACACAUAUGCGUUGUUAGCUAAUACUGGCAAAAAGACAACUAACCUGGAUUCAUUAAAAGGACUGUCAAAACCAAAGCCAAGUGCAACUGAAGAAUCUGCUAGUGCAUUGCCCAAACAGCCUUUGUCUUCUCCAGUGAAAAUUGCGAGGGCAGUACAGAUUAAAUCCCAUUUAAUUUCCCCCUCUUUGUUAACAAACAGUUUUGCCAAUUCUAGCCAAUUGACAAGUCCUCUAGAUGAACUGACAACAUUAUUCAAUUCGGGAAAGAGUCUUCUCCGAAAAUCUGCAGCGGGAAGAAGAAUUAGGGAACUAGAGGGUAUUGAAAUAAAUAUGAACCUGAGUAGCGUGGAUGAUUCUGCAACAUCAGAUACUCAAGAUAAUAAUGCAAACAAUCAGGAAAACCCAUCAUCUAAUUCUCUGUCCACUUGUGCUGCAUUUGAGAAUGGAAAUUCUGUAACUGAUGUAACUGUUGAAGACAUGAACAGCCGAUUCCUUAGCAGCAACUCAGCCAGCUCUUCAACGUCAAGGAACAAGGAAAGCCAUAGCAGCCAGGUUAUUCAUCAUCUAAGGUUAUCAGAAAAUGAAAGUGCUGCAUUACAAGAACUAAUGGAUUGGAGGCGGAAACUUUGUGAAGAGAGUCAAGAUGAAUGGCAGAAUGGCUUAACCCAAACUGAGCACAAAAACACAGCUCCCACUCAUACCUCAUAGGAUGAAACUGCCAGCUUCUAAUACAACACAUAAUAUCUUCUCUUCUAAUGAAGACUUUGUAAAUUUGUCAAUAUGGACAUUACCAAUACAAGAGAAGCUGCUCUAUAUGUCAUGAAACGAUUUUCUUCUUCCAAUUUUUUUACAUACCAUAAUGUAGGAAAAGAGAAGGCAUGAGUACUAGUUUAUUGUCUCUGUGACAACAUGUGUGUGAUUUAUGUUUUUAAAGAUGUUGAUAGACUCUAUCUAUUCAAUUUCACAUUUCUAAGCUAUCUGUUUCAAAUAUUCCAAUGCUGUCAAUCAUUCCUGAGAUGCUAUCAUUCACUCCUGAGAAAAAAAAGACAUGGUUAUUCAGAACGGUAGCGAUUUAACCUAUAUCAGAGGAAGGAUGUUUGUGUAUACAGCAAGUUAUAUAGUCGUCACUAAAUAUCCAUGCUGUACAGAUUUCAAUAAUGUAGGAUAUAUAUAUAUAUAUAUAUAUAUAUAUGUAUAUAUAUAUAUGCACCAUGCAUGUGUGUCUUUGCAUUCUUUAUAAUUUUAGUAUAUGUCUGUGGAAAUGCAAAAAAAUCCAUGUUUACUGCCACAAUUUUAUAACUAUUCAAGUGGUGCUGUUUUCCUUCUUAAGAUUCAGGUAAUAAAUAAUGUACUACAA